CAGAGCUGGUGCACAGCUCUUCUGUGUUCUGUCCUUUGUGGUGACUUGUCUUUGGCUGAGGGAUUGCUUGAUGCACCUCUUCUAUGUGUGUGUAUUUACUAUGGGCAUCCUUAGGGUAUCUUAACAAAUGCCUCAGGUCUUUUGAGCUAUAUUGUAAGAGCCCCAAAGAUGGGCUUUAUAAGCUUUCAGAGCAGGACCUGCAUCUCUCUUGUCCCAGUCAGUACCUUGGGGAUCUCAAGCUGAUAUCUUUGCACACAACUUUAUACCCAACUGAAAACAGCGGGAGAUGGAGCAUUGCUUUUCCUGCUUUGGAGACCUUGUCAGCAAGCUGAGGCUUGUUUCUCUGGGCAGGGCUGGCUAAAAACUUGUGUUUGCCUGUUAGAAAUGGAGACGGUUGCUGGGAGUCCUGGCUACAAGAAGCAGUUUUCCUGGCAGGGCAAUGCUGUGCAUCACAGCAAACCUGGACUCCUCGGGUGUGCUCUGGCUGAGCAGGCGGCCGGAGGGAGCUGUUACAGAGGAGUUAAAAUGGAAGUCUCUGGUGGAGAAGGGCUAUUUACCUUCUGGAGGAAUGAAAGUGCAUUUUGUUUCUCUUGGUUCUUGAGUGUUGAAAGGAACAAAUCAGUGUGUGCAGUGUGCCUUGUCCCUCUGGUCGCUCUCCAGGUUUUGGGGGCUCUGACAUGGGCAGAUCACCCCAGCUCAGCUUUUGCACCAGUAUUAAAGUGUCCUUGAAAAAAAUAUGGGAACUGCAGCAUCCUUGGGGCAUUUUCAGUCCCAGCAUUGCUGGUGGGAGGGGCACGGCUUGCACUUACAGUGUGGCCAGCCCCAGCGUGGGUCCAUGGCUGCUGUGUGCAAUCUGAAACCCUCUCUCUGCAGCCUUGGGUCUGUCUUCCUCUGCAGCUGAGCUUUCUGGUCGACCAUGAACGCCAGCGGCCCUGGCUAUCCGUUAGCCUCUCUCUAUGUGGGGGACCUCCACCCGGACGUGACCGAAGCCAUGCUUUACGAGAAGUUCUCACCUGCUGGGCCCAUCAUGUCCAUCCGAGUCUGCCGGGAUGUUGCCACACGCCGAUCUCUGGGCUAUGCCUACAUUAACUUCCAGCAGCCUGUGGAUGCUGAGCGAGCCCUGGACACCAUGAACUUUGAGGUGAUCAAAGGCCGUCCCAUCCGCAUCAUGUGGUCCCAGCGGGACCCUGGCCUCCGAAAGUCUGGGGUGGGAAACGUCUUUAUCAAGAACCUGGAUGACUCCAUUGAUAACAAAGCCCUGUACGACACAUUCUCCGCCUUCGGAAACAUCCUGUCAUGCAAGGUGGUUUGUGAUGAAAAUGGAUCUCGUGGCUAUGGCUUUGUUCACUUUGAGACUCACGAGGCAGCGACUCGAGCCAUUGAGACCAUGAAUGGGAUGUUGCUCAACGACCGGAAGGUGUUUGUUGGUCACUUCAAAUCCCGCAAAGAGCGCGAGGCAGAGUUUGGGGCGAAGGCGAUGGAGUUCACCAACGUCUACAUCAAAAACUUUGGGGAUGACAUGGACGACGACAGACUGCGGGAAAUCUUCUCCAAGUUUGGAAAAACGCUAAGUGUCAAAGUCAUGAUGGACAGCACUGGCCGCUCAAAGGGCUUUGGAUUCGUCAACUUUGAGAAGCACGAAGAAGCUCAGAAGGCGGUGGCCGACAUGAACGGGAAGGAGAUCAACGGGCGGAUAGUGUACGUGGGCCGGGCCCAGAAGCGCCUGGAGCGCCAGAGCGAGCUGAAGAGGAAAUUUGAGCAGAUCAAGCAGGAGCGAGUGAGCAGGUACCAGGGGGUCAACCUGUACGUGAAGAACCUGGAUGAUGGGAUAGAUGACGAUAGGCUGAGGAAGGAGUUCUCUCCCUAUGGCACCAUCACCAGUGCCAAGGUGAUGACAGAGGGUGGCCACAGCAAAGGGUUUGGGUUUGUAUGUUUUUCCUCCCCAGAAGAGGCUACCAAGGCCGUGACUGAAAUGAACGGGAGGAUCGUCAGCACUAAGCCUCUCUAUGUUGCACUUGCUCAAAGGAAAGAGGAGCGGAAAGCAAUCCUCACCAACCAGUACAUGCAGAGAUUAGCCACCCUGAGGGCUCUGCCUGGCCCUCUCCUGGGCUCCUUUCAGCCCCCCCCGGGGUACUUUCUACCCCCUAUUCCCCAGCCACAAACCAGAGCUACCUUCUACAGCCCCAGCCCAGUUGUCCCAGUCCGUCCUGCCACUCGCUGGAGUGCGCAGCCCUCCCGGCCUCCCCCAUAUCCUGCAGCUACUCCCAUCCUGAGGGCUGCUGUGCCACCCCGGCGCCUGCUCACCAACAUCAGCACCAUGAGACAGGCCUCCACGCAAGUGCCCCGCGUGCCACCCCAGGCCCAGAGAGUGGCCAACAUCGGGACGCAGACGGUCAGCGCCCGGGUGCCCUCCUCACCCACCCUGCCACGGGGCACCCCGCAGUACAAGUACUCCUCGUCCGUCAGGAAUGUCCAGCCUAUGGGGCACAUGCCACCCGUGGUGGCCCCGCAGGUGGGAGAACCCGCUGUGCAUGUGCAGGGGCAGGAGCCGCUGACAGCAUCCGUGCUUGCAGCAGCCCCUCCUCAGGAGCAGAAGCAAAUGAUAGGUGAGCGCCUCUACCCUCUGAUCUACGCGAUCCAUCCCUCACUGGCCGGCAAGAUCACUGGGAUGCUGCUGGAGAUCGACAACUCAGAGCUGCUGUUGCUCCUGGAGUCCCCCGACUCCCUGCGCUCCAAGAUGGAGGAGGCGGUGGCUGUUCUCCAAGCACACCAGGUCACCAAGACAUCACACAAGAACAGCACCGUGGCGUUCCUGCAGUGACCCGGACUUCAGGACUGAGUGCGAGUCCCGAGAAUGUUGCCUUUGAAGAACAGCAGCAGAAACCUCACCGUGCUUUUGGAACCGUGCCCGUACAGCGACCCUGGCUUGUCUUCAGUGCCCCAUUGUGGUUUUUGUGUGUAUUGUGAACCUUGCAGAAUUGCUUCCUCCUGCACCUGUAAAAAAAAGUCCCCAUGUUAAUUCUCUUCUUGCUACUGAAAGCCUCUGGUGAAAUGUAGUGUGGAACCCAGCCUGGUUCAGUUGCCCAGGAAAUGCCAAGUGCUGAUGAAUCAUCAUUUUUACUGAAUUUAUUGGGUUCUGUAGUUUUAUUUUUUUCCUGUAGCUGACACUAAUAAAGUACUGAAGCUUCCACCCCCACA